GGGGAGAGCGGAUAUAGUGAAUGCGGGGUCCGGGGAGAGCGGAUAUAGUGAAUGCAGGAGUCCGGGAGAGCGGAUAUAGUGAAUGCGGGGUCCGGGGAGAGCGGAUAUAGUGAAUGCGGGGUCCGGGGAGAGCGGAUAUAGAGAAUGCGGGGUCCGGGGAGAGCGGAUAUAGUGAAUGCGGGGUCCAGGGAGAGCGGAUAUAGAGAAUGCGGGGUCCGGGGAGAGCGGAUAUAGUGAAUGCAGGGGUCCGGGGAGAGUGGAUAUAGUGAAUACACAGGGGUCCGGGGAGAGCGGUUAUAGUGAAUGACAAGGGUCCGGGGAGAGCGGAUA